GCUAGUGCAUGCUGGGUAAUUGAGGCGGUGUAGCAGCAGUAGCAGCAGCAGCAGUAGCUGGGUACGUCCAUGUUGACUGGACUCAACCCUCUUUGGAGUUUCACCUCCUUCCUCGCCCUGCUGUUCCUCAACAUCUCCUCCAGUAGAAGAGCCGCGGACAGCAGCGUGUGUUGGCGGCUCAUGGAGCAAGAAGGAGCGGCACUGAGGGGCCAAAGCAAACAGUGACGUCAGCAGACCAUAAAGUCGCUGCUUGUCUUGCUCCUAGUGGGUGGAGUCAGCUGCUGAACACCUGGGUGUACUGUCACUAUGAGGUUACGACAGAAAUAGACAGGAGGAUUUAUCGGUUUUCAGGGAACCAUGGAGCCAGACGUGAUUCGCAUGUACUCUUCCUCGCCACCGCCGAUGGAGGACGGUGCAGAGGAAGAGGACGAUGACUUUGGAGACUUUGGCACCUUCUCUGGAGUCCCCAACAGCAUCAGCUUCACAGAGUUUGAGACCCCUACCAAUUUUAACCAGACUCAAGCUCUGACAGCUACCUCCCCACCCGAGCUUCUCAACAGCAGAGGCGUAAUCGGUGUGAAUGGCACCCACGGCUGCAGCACAGAGCGCCCCAAAACCAAUGGUAGUGCUCUUUCAGAAAGAACUGAAAUUAAAAAGGUUAUAAGCAGCUCGCAGGACUGCUCAGUGGAGGACACUUCUUCUGGGGAGCUCACUGCUUGUAAUGGUGUUAGUGCGCAGGUGCUAACAAAUGGGUUUGAUGAACAGGGAAGUCCAUCCUCACAGAGUUCUGUCCACUGUCACAUGGAAACAGAAAAUCCCACUAUAGACGAUGCUGCUGGUUUUGCAGACUUUGCUGCUUUUUCUGAGACUGAAGGAUCUCUCAGCCAGAUGGAGGGUAUGGGAGUGGAUGCUUAUUCAGUAGGUGAGUGUACUGUUGAGCAAGAAGUGACUUCUGAGGAAACCAUUAGGGACAUAAACAGAACUGGAUCACCCUUCUGUGACACAAACUGGCAACCUUGUAUUGAUGCUGAGUUUCAACGGGACAUAACUGAUGCAGAGGAACUUGCUGCCUCACUUUGCACUAACAACAACCUGGCUCUAAAUGGAACAGAUGCAGCCUGCAGUCAAGAUAGUGACAUCUCACCCGAUGCUGCUGACAUUGAGACUGGACACUCUGAUGAGAAGGGCUCCGGGAAUGAAACGGAAACAGAAACAGAGACAUCUUUUGGGCGUCUGUUGUCGACGGAUGCUCUGGAGGAGUAUGGUGACAUGAGUACCACUGGCUCAGCGCCCUCACCUCCUCUUCAGGGCGAGCCCUCCACGCCUGCCGACCACAGCCAGUUGGCUGAGGAUGACGAGGACGAGGACUUUGGUGACUUUGGAGAAGCCAACUCUUUCGGAGCACAGGGAUUUGGUGAAUGUAAUCAUGCCCCGGAGGCGGGACAGCAGGAGCAGAGCAGGCCGGAGAACUCUGUUACAGAACUGGAAGUUAAAAAUACUGAGGAAAAUGAUGAGGAAUUUGGUGAUUUUAAUACCCCUAAACUCCUAAGUGGGGGGAGGGAAGGAGAGGAUGAAGAUGGUUUCACAGAAUUUCCCGCCAGUGACAGUUUUGGAAAUUUCAGCUCAGCUGUAAUUGCCGCCUCAGCUGUAGAGGAUAAUGUGGGUUGGAGUGCCUUUGGAGAAGAAGAACAUCAGAUGGAAGGUGAAUCGUGGGCAACAUUCAACACUGAACAGAGCUCCACAGAGAGACAGGAGGAUGGGAUGUGCGAGGAAAAUGAGGAGAAAGAGGAAGAAGAGGGGCGUCAGAGCAGAGGAACGAAAGAUGAACAAGAAACCAGUAGGACAGAUGCACAAAUGGUGUCACUGUUGGGGCGCCUGCAGAAACUCUUUCAAAACAGCUUCCCUCUGAAUGCCUCUGUCGCCACCUCUGCUGUUCAAGAGGUGACGUCUCUAAAAAACCUGCUGGAGCCUCCAGCAGGAGCAGCACAACUUGAAGGGGAGGAGGACAGCAGGUGGUCAUGUGAUGCAUGUGUGCGCGGCGUUUGGACUCAGCUGCAAGACGUGAAUGAAGCCGUAGGCCUGAGGUACCAGUGGGGCGGAUCACACUGCAACAAAGCUCUGCUCUGCUGCCUGGGUAUCGACACCAGGAACAUUCUGUUCACAGGUCAGAGGAAACAGCCGGUCAUUGUGCCUAUGUACGCUGCCAGCCUGGGGAUGCUGGAACCCACCAAAGAGCCUGUGAAACCUGUUUCAGCUGCAGAGAUGAUUGCUGCCAUUGCAAUGACCAUGGCCUGUCCCUCAGACGCAGUGCAGNAGGAAGCACUCCCUCCCGUUCAGUUUGACUGGAGCAGCAGUGGACUGACCAACCCUUUGGACGGUUCUUCUCUCUUGAACCUGGAUUUCUUUGGUUCUGACGAUGAGUUCACCUGUUCCUCCACUCUACCAGGGGUCGACCCAGAACUCUAUGAACUGACGACCUCCAAACUGGACACCAACACUUCCUCUGGCAGCCGUGUGGCCGAUGCCUUUGCUCGCCUCAUGUCCACCAUGGAGAAGACCAGUACAUCCACCAGAAAGCCAAGAAAAGAAGAGAAUCUGAGCGAGGAGGCGGAGAAGGUCAUCUCUGCUCUCCCAGAUCUUUCCUUCAUGCAGGCCAAGGUGCUGAUGUUUCCCUCCACGCUGACUCCGCUCAACUGCCGGGACUGACACAGACCACGCCCCCUCCUGGUCCCACCCACAGAGCAAUUCUUUUUACGAAGAGCCCGUCAUACCUGUCGUUUUUAUUUCCAACUUUUUCCUUUCUCUCCAGUUAAAGCAAAGCAUUUAGUAUUGGUGGGAGGAGCUGUGCUGAUGCCCCGCCCCCUGAUCAGCUGACAGAAAGUGCUGCAGAAUCACAGUGUUGUAAAUAAUCAGGGAUUAAAUGUUAGGGGUUUUUUUUUUAGUCCGGGGAUGAUUUUAUGUGUGAAAGGAUCGUAUAGAAAAUAUAAAUAUACAUUUGUAAGCAUAUAUAAAAUGGAAACAUAUCUAUAUAUUUAUGACUGAAGCCACACUGCCUGCUGAGUCAGCUCUUUUUAAUGCUCUGUGUCUGUCAGUGGAGCCCCGUCCUUCCUCAGUUCUCGUCACACCAGGAAACUUUAUCAAACAUCGUGUGGGCAGAGCUUCUGAUAAAAGGAACUUUUUUUUUUUUUCUUUUCCUUUUUUUUUUUUUUAAUGAAAAAAUACCACUAAACCACAGCGAAGGUGCAGUUGACGCAUAAGAAUGAAACAAGGGACCAAUCGUGCGCUGGCUCCGCCUCCUCUUGAAGUCGAUUUUUGUUGUUGUUGCGUCAAUACUACUGUCAGCCCGUCUCCAUGAUGACGAGACGUUUGCACACUGGAAAGAUGAAAUGGAUGUUAACACAGUUCCCUGUGUUGCUAUGGAAACGCUGAGUCAUGUGCACGCGUCUGGUUCUUUCCACGCACUGGGAGCGUGCACAUUUGAUUUUUAGUGAAAGAGGAAUUAAAAUUAAUUUAAGCAAAAA